CCUAUUUUUAAUUGUAAGUUUGUUAUGAUAUACAAAGACCUUUGUGAACAGCUGAAGUCCAUGUGAAUAAAUUUGAACCAUUAUUAAUCUGAGAAUGACUAAAGAAGCAUUAGCUGUCACUAUCGUGGUCUUGUGGCUGCUCUGCAAUCCGGCGAGGAUCAGGGGAACCGGGGGAUUUCAAGGCGCCAUUCCUUACCCAAAUAAAUACAGCCCAAACCAGUCGGAACAGUCACCGCAGACACCGCAGGCUAGUUCUGGGGGAAUGGGACCGCCUUCAGUCGGGGACGAGGUGCUGGACUCCAGCCAGGAGGCUUUACACGUAACGGAGCGCCGUUAUCUCAAACUUGACUGGUGUAAAACGCAGCCGCUGAAACUGAUGAUUUACGAGGACGGGUGCCAGCCGCGCACCAUCAUCAAUCGUUUCUGUUACGGACAGUGCAACUCAUUCUACAUACCUCGACAUGUUUAUCAAGAGGACGGUGCGUUUCAGUCGUGCUCCGUGUGCAAGCCAAAGAGUUACACGACGGUCACUUACACGCUCAUCUGUCCCGGGCAGAUCCCCAGCACCAGGAAGAAGCGCGUGCGCCGCGUGAAACAGUGCCGCUGUACUUCUGUCGACUUGGAUUAAACUUGCUGACGUCAUUGUUGUAGGCAAUUUAUGUUUUUCUGAAAGUAAAUAUUCCACGCACUCCUAUUGCAUAAUAAUGAAGGAGCAUUAUCGAGUUGUUUCCUGCAUCGUUACAGAUAAAAAAGAAUGACAUAUUAACAAUAUGCUUAUUAUUUUCCACUGUGUGGAUCAAUGUAGAUACCUUUGUAAUGUAGAUAUAUGUGGGUGUAAAUAAGUAAUUUAGUAAACAAACAAACAAAAAACAUUCCAAUGCGUUUUAUCCUGGUCUUCAUGCAAGUAAUGUCAAGUGAAUGAAGUGCCAGAGUUACAACCUUCUUCUACAAUGAUGCGUUCAUCGCAAAAGGAACAAUAUUACUGUGAUUAAAUGGUAAUGAGAUGUGAUGAAUCAACAACUGACAUCAAUAAAAAAUGUGAUGUUGUACAAAAUAAAACCAAUAAGGAUAGUUUAAAAUUAUAUUAUUUUACAUGUACAUUACCUUUAUGUUUUGUAAUAUUCUGUAAUGAUUUAAUACGACAAUAAAAAGUUACACAACUUUGUUACUCAAUAUACAAAAUAAAGUUACUUAUUUUUCCAAUU